AUACAGUCAAAUUAUGCCGAAAAUAUUAAAAAGCCAUGAUCUCAUUAAACAACAAUUCUCAAUUCUGAACUACACCCUGUAACAAGACAUUAAUAGAUGUAAUUAUUCAGUGAUUUUUACAAAUCGAUUGCACAGAGAUGCAGCAGUCACCUUUUGAGAACAUAUUUAAUAUAAUAGGCGGUUUUUCGAAAGGAAAUGAAAAGCCCAUGAAACAUGGGUUUUACAACGCUUUUGCCUUUUUUAUUUUAACAAUUUGUUGUGUGGCAGUUUAUGUGUUAUUUCUCAUAUUAGAACCUUUCUUCAAACCUUUAUUAUGGGCCUUACUAGUUGGAUCGAUCCUCCAUCCUUACAAAUAUAAAUUAUCCAAGCAAAUAAAGUUAUGGUUCGAAGAUUUAGAAAAAUCCAACACUUCAGUUGUAUUUGGUUUGAUGGUAAUACCAGCUAAUGUUAUUAACUUUGCCUCAGAAACUGUAGGAAAUCAAUUUAAGGAACAUUACAAGACUAUCAUUGGACUGUUAUCGGCUAUAUUUAUAUUUCCAUGGCUGUACAACUCAAUUCCUCGGAGCUUGUGCUGCAUUUUCUGGCAAAUCACAAACUUCAUUGGAGUGUCAACAACAUUGCUAAUACAUUUAUGCACCUCCUAUGUGACUUUAACAUUUGCAUUAGCAUACAUCAUAAGUGUGUACACAUUAUGGUCACCAGAAAGAUCUGGAAUAUUCCGAGCCACCUCAUACCUUCUAUGGCUGGUUAUAACCAGUUAUGUAGCAAGUUUGUGUGGCUCAUACCAAGUGUACAUGUUUGUUCUAUUACAAAUUAUUGGUGUCACUGGUUUUGUGCUUGAAGUAUUACAUGUUCAUAAGGAGUUAUUACUGAAAGACCCUGAAGCUUCUGUCCUUCAAGCAUUACAAAAAGUAAUUAUGAAUAGCCACAGCGAUACAAAAGUAGACAUAAAAUCCGAAAUAACAGAAAGUAUUCCAGAGGAACCUAGCGAUAAAGAAUCAACACCAGAUAAAGAAAGUCCCAUCACUCCGGAAUCAGGUCCUAAAAGAGGCAGCUGGACUGGAAAUGACUCUACUCAGAGCUCUCCGAAACACGCUAAAAUCUUAUUUAAAACGAGAACUUUAUCUGCUCUCCCGCUGCCAAAUGUUAAAACAAAACCAUCAAUUGAAAAUCGAAUUUUAGCAUCGUUUAAACAAAGAUCUCUUGAUGAAAACUAUAUGAGGAACAGUUUCAAUAAUGAUGAUGAAUCCGCGAUAUAUUUCAAGCUUCUAUUCUUUGGCUGUUUCUGUAUGUUGGUUUGGAAACAUAUCUGGUUGUUACCAGUGAUGGUGUUUUUCUUAGGAAUACAUUUUAUAAAAUGGAUGCUCAAUUUCUUUGGUGUUUGGUUAUUCUUUGAGAACUACUACAAUAAUAUUAUGGCUAGAAUUAAGAACUGGUGGGGAGACAGGCAAUCUGCAUUACUACCUGCCCAUGUCCGUGGAGUAGGCAAGAUGCUGUCAAUCUGCAACCGCAGUGUGACAGAGAUGGCAUAUAGUUCUGUUGACACUGUAUCUUCUUGCAUUGUUAUAGUUGGUCUUAUAUUCUUUGUCACUGUUGCCGUCGUUUUCGUAUGCAUACAGAUAUAUUCAGAAGCGAUAGUAGUAGUACAACUGAGUGGUAGUCUGUUGAACAGUACCUUUGUUCAACACAGCCCACUGCAGAAGUAUUUGCCCGAAGGUUGGGAUGAAAAACUGGAUUCCCUCAUUGAUGACGCAUAUACAUAUGGAAGGGAAGGAAUAUCUACUGCAGUGAGGAGUAUCCUGAAGGAAGGUGAGCCGGAGAAGGUAGGUCGUGUGGAGACGCAGAUCCUGGAGCUAUGGGACCGCGUGUACCAGAGCUGGGUGUCGCUGCACUUCGCCGGGAAUGGCGGUAACGUCGGCCCACAAGUCGACGGCUCCGCUGUUCAAGACUCCUGGGACAGCUUUAUUACUAACGUCUCGCAUGCACCAGGGUUGUUCGAUUACUCGGGCAUAGUUUGCCAACAGACUGAGUGGAACUGUCCUAGUAAUAUACCAAGUGAUGUUGUUUAUAAUUGUGCCGCUGUUAGAGCUAAUGAAUUCGUUAUACAUUUAAGAGAUUUUUACACUGAUCAUAUAAGCUUGAUUGUACAGAAUUGCAAAGACUUAAAAGUGAUAAUCGAUUGUCCUGUUUUGCAAAGACCAUCGAGACUUCAGUCAAUUAAAAUCAAAAAUUGUGAUCGUCUUGAAUUUGCGACGCUUACACCAAAUUCUGCAAUUCAAACUCCGUCUGAUAUAACAUUGGAGAAUGUUAAAAAUAUUGUAAAUCUACCGAGGAAAUUUUUUAAAUCGCCAACCAAUGCUUUUGAAACAAAAUGCUUAGGAGCUGUUUUAAAGAAAAUCCGCGUUGCGAAUAGUAAAAUAUUUUCCAUAAAUACUAAAGCCGUUUAUAAUGUUAGUGGAGCGAGGAGUAUUGAAUUUGAUAAUGUGACAAUUACAAAUAUACAAACGCAAGCGAUAGAAAUUAUCGGCGGUGAUAAUAUAGCUUUUAUAAUGAACAAUUGUACCAUUGGUAAUUUAGAAUCGAAAAGCAUAACCGUUCAAAGUAGAAGUACAAUCAUAUCUAAUAAUGUUUUCAACGAUAUUGUUGCAAAUAGUAUUAACAUAACGUCAGAAAUAUUAAACGUUAAUAAAAAUAAUUUCAAGGAAAUACGAGCUAAUGGACUGAUGCUUACUUCAGCUAAAACAGAUUUCAAUGAUAACUAUAUUAAAGUACUUAAAAGCAACGCUUUGACAAAUGUUAAAUGCUUGAGAAGACGGAUGAAUAAGAAACAUUUUAAAUUCAUUAAAAAUAGAAUUGAAAAUGUCGAACCUUACGCCUUAAAUUUCGACUAUCAGAGUUGCAAAUCUAGUGGUUCCACGGUAAUAUAUCAAGAAAAUAAAUUAGAUUGCAGAUGUCGAAAUGUUGCAUAUCUAGCAUCUACAGCGAGAAACGAUUUACACGGUGUUAUAUUAAAUGUAUCGAAUUCCAAUACUUGUAUAUCAGCACCUUGUUCAUUGCCUAUUGAAGUUGUAAAAUUGUUAUUGGAAAGUGCAAUGUGUCAGAUAAACCUCGACGCUCAAGUCAUGUGUUUAUUAUAUAACGAUAGGCAUACAACUAAUUAUGAUAUAACAACCGACGAAGAUGUAACAGAACCAGCUCCAACGUUUUAUUUAAUAAGACAAGCGAAUGCUCCAAAAGGAGACGCGAGCGCAGCAAUGACGGCUAUAGAUAAAGAUAAUCUCUUAAAAGAUAGUCAUCUUAAUAUGACGAAUAGAACAACGAUCAAAGUUGUAUUUGAUUCAUCAAGAGAUUUCGUCGAAACAUUAAGGAGUACAAAAACGAGCUAUAAUAAACCAGAAGUACAGAAACCUCAAGCAAAAGAUGAAUAUGCAAGUGUUUGCACAGGACCUCAUUGUAGAAACACAGUCGCCUAUAAUAAACAGAAAGCUUUAGAGUUUUAUAAAUACAUGGCUAUAACUUCACGUCGUUCAUUCGUUACAGUUCUAGCCGCUAUUCUCGGAGCUGCCCCGUUCCUGGGGCCGUAUUUAGCAGGAAUCCCCGCCGCACUAGACGUGUGGCUGCAAGGCAGACCGAUGGCUGCAUUGCUCCUGCCUAUCGCACAGGCUGCGCCUAUCGCUUUCCUGGACGCCGCUGUUUACGCCGAGAUUAAAGACGGUGGUCACCCAUACGUCACCGGUCUAGCUAUAGCCGGUGGUAUAUUCUACCUCGGUCCUGAAGGAGCCAUCCUCGGCCCUCUACUUCUGUGCUGCCUUAUGGUCAUCCUCAACCUAUCUUCUACAUUCUUACGAGAUACACCUUCAGAAGAAACCGCCGCAUUGCAUUCAAGAGUCAGAUACGGUGCUUAUCUAUGAUCAUGUUGCAUGGAACUAACAUGAAGGAAUGGAUACUUCUAGAUGUAUGCAGGACGGUAUCUGUUCACUGGCAUGCUAUCGACUUAAAGUAACUGUAAAAGCUUUUGUACUGCUUUAAAUAACUUAAAUGACACCAAAUUAAAUUAAAUAUCGCUAUACUUUAUAUUUGUCAAUAUUCCCGUGCGGUUUU